AGUAUGAACCUACGCGCGGGCUCACCGCCGCCGAGCUUCCACGAAGAAGAACGAGGAAGACGAUGAUGACCAUGGGAGGAAGGGAGACGCUGCUGGAAAUCUGCUCUUUGCUGCUUCUGUUGACCGGAAGUUGUCAAUGUCGAGAUGCGCAGCAGACGCAGCACCUGUCCGCCUACCAGCUGACUGUCCCUCGGCCAAUCGGAGGCCGGUUGAGGAGGGACCUCGGCGGCUCGCCGCCCAAUCAGGCGUCGUACGUGAUCAGCGUGGCGGGACGUGAGCAUGUGGUGCAUCUGGAGAGGAACGGGCUGCUGCUUCCUGCCAACUUCACCGUCUUCACGUACGCUCACGAUGGAGCAUGCCGCACGGCCACACCUGCCGUCCAGCAGCAUUGUCACUACCAGGGCGUGGUGGAGGGCAUGGAGGGCUCGUCUGUCGCCAUGAGCAUCUGCAACGGCCUCAGAGGCGUGAUGCAUCUGGAUCACGGCAGCUACGCCAUCGAGCCUCUAGACUCCGCCCCCGAGUGGCACUUGCUGUACCGCCUGCAGGACGUGACGUCACAGCCGCGAGGGUGCGGCACCCCGCGUGGCCACACCUCCCACAACCACACAGAGCAGCAAAACAUCCACCCGCGCAGCAGGGUGAAGCGAGCCGUUCUACAUCGAACACACUACGUGGAACUCCUGCUGGUGGUUGACAAUGAAAGGUACAAGGCCAUGAACAGCAACGACAGUGCCGUGACGGAGGACAUGGUUCAUCUGGCCAACUACAUCGACGCUAUCUACGUGCAGCUGAACGUCAGGGUGGUCCUGGUGGGUCUGGAGAUCUGGACCAGGCAGAACCUCAUCAGCAUGGAGGGAGGAGCCGAUGAGGUGCUGAGUCGCUUCACCCAGUGGAGAGAGAAGGAGCUGCUGCCUCGCCACCGCCACGACUCUGCACAGCUCAUCCUGAAGAAGAGUUUCGGGGUGACAGCAGGGAUGGCGUACGUUUCCACCGUGUGCUCCAGAAGUCAUGGCGGCGGCAUCAACGCGUUCACCAACAACAACGUGGCCGCCUUCGCCUCCAUUGUGGCUCACGAGCUGGGUCACAACCUCGGCAUGAACCACGACGACACACGCACGUGCACAUGCCCCGCCUCCACCUGCAUCAUGAACUCUGUAGCCAGAGAUGCCGCAAACUUCAGCAGCUGCAGCGCCGACGACUUUGAGAAGAUGAUCUUGGCGACGGGGGGGUCGUGUCUCCUGAACGUCCCGCAGCCCGACGAGGCCUACAGCGCUCCCAACUGCGGGAACAGACUGGUGGACUUUGGCGAGGAGUGCGACUGCGGAUCCCGGAAGGAGUGCGAGAGUGACCCCUGCUGUGAGUUUCAGACGUGCAGACUGAAGCCAGGAGCUCAGUGUGGUGAUGGAGAGUGCUGCUACAACUGUCAGUUCCUGCCAGGGGGCACGGUGUGUCGCUCCAGCAGGGACGAGUGCGACUUGCCCGAGUUCUGUAACGGCUCGUCUUCUCUUUGUCAAAGUGACGUCUUUGUGCAGAACGGUCAGCCGUGCAGGAAGCAGCAGGCCUUCUGCUACAACGGCAGGUGUCAGCAUGCUGACGACCAGUGUCGGAGCAUCUUCGGGCCCAAGGCGAAGAAGGCAGACGACAUCUGCUUCAAAGAUGUCAACAGCAAAGGUGAUCGCUUCGGGAACUGCGGCAAGCAAAGCUACCACUACAAGAAGUGUGAGAGCAGAAACGCCCUGUGCGGGAAGCUGCAGUGCUCCAACGUGCAGGGCGUGAAGGCGUUCGGCAUCGAGCCGUCCAUCAUCAGCACGCGCAUCGGCGGCGCCGUCUGCUACGGUGUGGACUUCAUGCUGGGGUCGGACGUGCCGGACCCGGGCAUGGUGAACGAGGGCACCAAGUGCGGAGAGGGCAAGGUGUGUCUGAACUUUGAGUGUCGUGGCGUCGCCGACCUGGACUUCGACUGCGACGUGGAGAAGAAGUGUCACGGUCACGGGGUGUGCAACAACAACAAGAACUGUCAUUGCCACGCCGGCUGGGCUCCGCCCUUCUGUGAGGUGAAAGGUUACGGUGGAAGCGUGGACAGCGGCCCCACCUGGAACGACAAAGACACCUCGCUAAGGGACGGCCUGCUGGUCUUCUUCUUCCUGGUUCUGCCGCUAGUGGCGCUGGCGACGUUGGCGUUCCUGCGCAGGGAGCAGAUACUGCAGCGCCUCGGCCGCGGGCGCAGGGGGCGGUCACGAGCGUACCAGCCUGAUGGCGUCAUGUCGGCCAAUCCCGGCAGAGGACCGCCUCCCCGAGCGCAGCCGCCGUCUUUCUCCCGGGACAACAGCGACAACGUCCUCAGAGACGGGCAUCACGCCCACCUGCUGCCGCCGCAGGUGGAGGAGACGAGCAGGGCCGCUUCAUCAUAUGCCGCGAGACCGCCACCGCCAUCUCUGAAACCCAAACCCUCUGUGGCGUCACAGCCUCUGGUGCCUCAAAGACCCGCCCCCCCUCCGCCACCACCUGUCUAGCCACCUCAGCCCCGCCCACUGGGUGCUGUUACCUAGCGACCGCCAGGACGCAAGCCGGGGUGCAAGAUGAAGCAUCUUGCAGAUGACGAUGAUGAUGAUGCAACUAAUGUUGUUUAGCAUGCUAAUGCUAGUUGGCUAGCAUGGGAAACACGCAAGGAUGUUCUUUCUCUGAUUGGCUGCUUGGAAGAAGGAAAAAAAAAGACCACUAGGGCAGGAGGUAGCCUGCACGUAUGUUGACUUAAAGCACUGCUGCCCCCUGCUGGCACACGUCUGCACUGACAUUGGAACGCCCCAUCUCGGCAUGCAGUAUGGCGUUGUCUCGUGAUAGGUACGAUGACGUCACUGCACGAGUGGCGUCUCCUCAGUUGGGAAAACACAACACACACACACACAGCCUGGAAAAUUGUUCAUGUCAUGUUUACUGCAAAUGAUUAAUGGAGGUCUCCAACCGCGUGAUACUUGAUGACGUCACACGCAAGUACCAUAAAGUACACGCCAGCUUUGUGCUGUUUUUGUAUUUGUAUUUUAAUCAAAAGGGGUGGUUGUGAAUCAGAGGUGAUGUGUUUUGUUUUUGUAAUGUUCACUUAUUUACGUGGCGGCAUUCAUCACUCGGUGAAUAUUUGAGACAAAAUGCAUAUCUUUGGUAUAUUGUUGACGUACUGCGUCACUUCACUCGCCAAGGCCUUGCACGUGGCUAAUAACAGAAGUUCCAAUAAAAAUUAUGUCGCUCUGGGUGCACGUACAUGUAAAAAUAAAUUUACAAGCACACCAUGUUCUCAUUAAAGCGAUUUAUUUUCAAUCACAA